AUGGACGACAUUGUCUCCAUCCUUGGCUGCCAGAUUCAAAACUUCCCGUUAAGUAUUGUCACCGGCGGCACAGCGACGACCACUACCGAUGGUGAUAUCUCUGAACCUGAUGAUGGCAAGAAAGGAUCUCAGAUUUCGAUGGCCCAACCACUAGAACCAAACCAUGGGGAGCAGUCUAGGGAAGUCACCAUCGCCCAACCCUCGCUCACCAUGGCAAUUCGGGAGGAACACUUUGCCUCUCCGAGCAUCAAGGCGCCGAGCUCUGCUCACCUAGAGUUUCACCCGUCAAGGGAGGCACCUGGGUCGUUAGACCACGGCAAGCGAACUUCUCACCGGGGUGCUGAUUUCGGGGCAGUGUACACCAUCACCCCGGAACCGGCCCCGGUCACAGGUGCAACACCAACUCCCCCCAAAUCCACCCAUGUUCUACUUCAUACUUAUGACUCUGGGCACUAUGAUCGGCUACACUACUCACAUUACCCACCCCUCACACCCUUUCCUGAAGUUGAAUUCCAUAAGUUUGAUGGCUCUAACCCACGUUUGUGGAUUAAACAUUGUGAAACAUACUUUGAUGUCUAUCAAACUAAUCCAAGUCUUUGGGUUCGUUUAGCUACCAUGCGUCUUGUGGGUUUUGCAGCACUUUGGUUUCAGACUAUGCCAACUACCAUCAGUAAAAUGUCAUGGGAAUCCUUUGUUGUAGCUCUCUAUAAUAGGUUUGACAAAGAUCAACACAAUCACCUGUUGUGCCAUUUCUUUCAUAUUAAGCAAACCACUACAGUCUCUGAAUAUGUCGAACAAUUCAGUGACAUUGUCCAUCAGUUAUUAGCCCAUGAUCCAUCUUUUCCUGCUACUGUUAUUACAAACCGCUUUCUUGAUGGCCUUAAAAAGGAUGUACGUGCGGUGGUUAUGAUGCACAGACCUCAAGAUUUAGAUACUGCUAGCUCUUUGGCCUUUGUGCAGGAAGAAGCUUCUCAAGACCAACCUAUCAGGCGAUCUGAAUUGGGAUCUUACUCAAAGAGAAACAAUCAAGACUCUAUCAAAGCACCUUUUGCAACAUCUUCUAAUUUUGCAAGAGUUGUCAAAGAGAAGAAGCCACCUGAUCUUGGCAAGACCAAGCAUACAGGGGAGGAUAAAUUGACUGCCUUGAAGAAUUAUCAAAGAUCCAAAGGCUUGUGUUUCAAAUGUAGAGAAAAAUGGGGACCCAACCAUAAGUGUCCUUCUAUCUCUCUCAAUGCUAUAGAAGACAUCUGGAGAUGUAUUGCUGAUCAUGAAGAUCUAGUACCUACAACAAAAGCUGUAGAAUCUGACUCAGGAGAUGAUCUGAUGGCUAUAUCUAUACAAGCUCUGAAUGGCAUUGAAGGCUCUAAAACAAUCAGACUGAGAGGUUACCUCCAAGGAAAAGAAAUAUUUAUGUUGAUUGAUUCUGGAAGCUCAAAUAGUUUUGUCAGUGAUCUGGUUGCAGCUAAUGUUUCUCCAUGGCAACCACUAUCUCAAUCAGUAACUGUCAGAGUAGAUAAUGGAGAGUUGCUCGCCUUUGACAAGAUAGACUCCAUAUUAUAUUUGGUACAAAUUCAAGCAAUGGAACCUGCUGCACCUCCGGAACCAUCAUUACCUCUGGAUCUUCAACACUUGCUGGAUCAAUUCAAGUCAGUUUUCGAGCCUCCAACCACACUUCCACCUUCACGGUUGGGCGACCACUCCAUUCCACUAUUAGAUGGUGCUCAACCAUUUUGCCUCAGACCUUAUCACUACAACCCCGCCCAGAAGACAGAAAUAGAGAAUCAGAUAGCUGACAUGCUCCAGAAGGGAUGGAUUCAAGCUAGUACAAGCCCUUAUUCGUCUCCUGUCUUACUGUUAUCUUAUCUGGGCCACAUUGUCAGUGGACAAGGUGUCGCCACAGAUCCCUCAAAGAUAGCUUCUAUUCAAGAAUGGCCACAACCAGAGAACAUAAAGGAGUUACAUAGUUUUUUAGGCAUGGUGGGAUAUUACAGAAGAUUUCUUUCACAGUUUGGGCUUCUGUGCAAACCUCUAACCAACUUGUUGAAAAAGGGAACCCUGUUCGUGUGGACAUCAGAAACCGAAGCUGCUUUUUAG